AUGGUCCUGGCUGAUCGUUUCGAAAUUGACUUUGACUUGCCUCCAAGCGCACCCAACUUGGGCAUCUAUAAAGUCAUUUCUCAUUUAUUACAGAUAAUCUUUGCAUUUUUGACAUUGUGCGUUACAGUUCCCAUUAUUGUAGCAGAGAGAAAAUUCUACAACACCAGCCAAGGCAAUCCCAAUUUCACACUGUUCGUAACUGCGCAGACUAUAUUGAUUGCUGCUGCUUUAACUUAUUUUCCAUUUUCAAAAAUCAACAAAAAAGUGGAAGUAGGCUGUUAUGCCACCAUACGAAGAUUCUUUUUACGACCACGCUCAAGGCUUAUCUUCAGUAUUUAUAUGGCUAUUUGUUGGUUUAUUGCCAUGAUUGUCAUGACAGCUCAUACCACAAAGCGCUCGAAUUGCGCCUUGGAUUCCAAUCUUUUAGAGAAGGACGAUAGCUACGAAGAUACAUGGAAUAAUCAGUGUCGUUGUGCUAGAGCUUCCGCUGCAUUCUCCUGGCUUUCAUUUUUCAUUUCGACUGUACCUGUGGUUAUCAGCGGUGUUCUAAUGUGGCAUGAAAAGAAAUUGAUCCAUGCGGAGCCAAAACCGGCUCGUGAGGUGGACGCAAUAGAUGAAAAACGGAAUAGCAGCAGUAGCUACAAUGAAGAUGCACCUACUAUCGUCGAUACAGAUAUUCGGGAAAAGGAUAAAGAAUCCAUCAUCAGUUAUCAAUUUUCUUCCCCUCUUGGUGACCAUGUAAACACGCCGAUUCCUAAUAAUAUUACAACUACUCUUCCAUCACCAUCUUUAUCGGCUCAUGGGACGCCUCACAGCAGCAAUCAGGCACGCAGUUAUACACCAUCCUUGGCUUCACCAUACAUGCAUCAAGAUACGUCUCUUUGUUUGACAUCACCUCCUCUCCCACCUCUCCAUUAUCAGCAUCCCUAUUCCGCUAGUGAUACACCUGCUUUAUCAACUAUUUCUGCACCUUACUUACCUCCAGGAACCCAGGCCAUGAUAUCCAGCCCUCCUCCUCCGGCCAUAUCACAACACUACGCUCCUUUCAUACAACCACCGCCUCCGCCUUCCUCACAAUUGUAUGAUGCUUGUGUUUCUGGAAUUGUACCUUCAGCACCACCUAUGCAAUAUCCACCAACAACGGGCAGUGGUUCUAGCAAUAUGAACGUUAACUCACCCUACCAACACAUGGUUCCACCAUCUAUCAACUCGUAUAUGUCUCCACCACCUUCUACAUAUAGCUGCCCUUCUCAAACUUAUUACAUAGCACAACAACAAUAUCCUACUACUACUACGAGUCCAAUGUACAGUAAUAACCAACCAUCGUAUCAUCGCCCUUAA